UCUAACUAGCUAGCAUUUGGUUUUUCAGUAUCUGGACUUGUGAUCAGUAGAGAGCAAGCUCAACUAUCGGUAUCUUCUGCACUCGGUUCGAAUGUUGGUUCCAGUGUCUUGAAUCUUACUGUGCUCUGGGGCAUAUGUGUCAUACUUGGGAGACAAAACAUCUCAGGAAAUUCAAAUACACAAAGUGCAGACUCAUCUUCUUCUACUUUGAAAAUGAAAGACUUAAAGAGUACUGGAAUCAUAACAAAUGAUCUAACUGGUUAUAUAGCCGGUGUCAUGUUUCUCUCCCUUGCACCAUUCAUAAUAAUGCUAUUCAUCGAUAUCAUUAGUUCAUCAGUGGGAAAGCGCAUCACCAUUCUUGUUGCUCUCAUAGUAUCAGUCACAUUGCUGCUGUCAUAUUUCGCAUAUCAGAUGUGGAAUCCAUUGAUUCAAGAAAAGUGUUUAGAAUAUAUAAGAUACGAAAACCUGGUGAAAGUAUUUGUGGAGCAUAUCCAAAGGCAGGCAAGAGGAAAUCUCUUUAAAGAUGGACGUCCUGACAUUAACGUGCUCAAAGGAUUAUUUACCAAAGCCGACAAAGAUAGGAGCAACUCCAUAACACUCACUGAACUAGAAGAACUGGUAAACCAGCUUGAAUCAGGAAAGGUUAAAGUGGACAGUAACUUUGCCCUGUCAACACUGUCAAGGAUAUUCGACAAAAAUGGAGAUGAAAGGAUAAAUGAGGAAGAGUUCAUUGAGGGAUGCAAGAAGUUGAUACGGGAAUCCAAGGGCGAUUCCACCUCCAUCAAGAAAUAUUUUGAUGAGGUAGUUAAGGCGUACACUGAGGGACAACAAAAAGAAGUAGUUAAGAUUCAGGAGCUCAUGCCAAGAGUUCUCACACAAAUACAGAACCAGGCAAUUGAAUCCGAAGGCCUUUUAAAAGAUGACGGUAGCCCCAACAUAGAAGCUAUUAAAAGGCUCUUCCAUAAGUUAGAUGAUGAUCAAAACAGUUACUUAACACCAUCAGAACUGGAGAAACUAACGGAAAAUGUCAAAAUCAGAGAAGCACAUCUAGAUCACCAAGGCUCUAUCGAGGAAAUCAUCAAGGAUUUUGAUCAAAAUAAAGAUAACAAGAUCGACGAAAAUGAGUUUCUCGAUGGUGUGAAAUAUUGGCUUCGUAAUGCCAAGAGGAGUACCGAAGAACUUCAGGAUAAAAUGAUAUGGGGAGAAGUCGACAAGUUCUUGGAUGAGGCUAAAAGAGAAAAACAUAAACGUUUCGACUACUCUUUGGUGUUGAAAGGAGCAUUCUGCAAGUCUGUGCUGCAAGUGAUUUUGGGCACUGCUAUAUUAACAUUGUGUGCUGAUCCACUCAUGGAUAAUAUUAUACGACUGGCAAAUGCAAUUGGCAUGCCUUCUUUCUUCCUAUCAUUUAUCAUAGUACCUCUGGCUAUCAAUGCAAGAACUGCAAUAACAGCAAUAAGUUUAUUAUCUUCAACAAGCCAGCAGAGUUCCACAACUUCUUCUUUGACAUUUUCCGAGAUAUAUGUCCGAGUAAUCUUGAACAACAUUAUGGGGAUGUCAACAGUGUUAUUUGUGUUGUAUGCAAAGGACUUAACAUGGGAGUAUUCAGUUGAAGUGUUGACAUCUAUGGUGGUUUGUGCUGUAACCGGCCUUUUUGCAUUUGUCCGCACAACCUAUCCACUUUGGACUUGUAUCAUAGCUUUCCUACUUUAUCCUAUCUCACUUGUACUGCUUUAUCUCUUCCAUUAAUUGCAUCUUGUAUUAAAUCCUCUAAUCUCAAAGUUAUUCAACUCAUGAAAGUGUUGAUAGCAACAUAUGUAUGGUGGUCUUGAGUUGUAGAAGGCCUAUUUGCAUCAUCCCCACCACCUAUCAAAUCUCACUUGUACUGCUUUACAUUCUCCAUUCUUCAAUAAUAACUGCUUGAUGCUGUAAUUUAGAUCCA